AGUGCGUACAACCAAUCGGAAAAGUUUGGAUUUUCUGUUGCAAAAGUUAUUGAGCAGUGCUCAAAAUAAUCGGAUUUUCUCGCCUGAAUCCCGCCGUGUCGGUUUAAAUUAGUUUACAGCAGUUUGUUACGCGUUUUAAGAGUGAUUUUCGUGUUGGAAGAAAACGGAAAUUUUUUAUUCCCUCACAACCCGGUUGCAAAGAUCAAGAGUUUCUUCUUAUUCAGUGCUUUCUGCAUCCUACUCAUACAUUCACCGCGAGCAAGUAGAGGUUCUCUUUUCUGUGACCGUAAAACGCGUCGACGACAAUUUCUCUUGAAUGUGUGUAUGAGCGAUCGGUCUUCAGGUUGUGAAGAAUUGGAAAGCAGCGUAAAGCGAACGCUUUCGUCAGUCGAUUUUCGGAAUAAAACCUUGUGAAAAUCGUACAUCUGAAUCGAGAGCGUCGAUUUUCCGAAAAUCAGCAAGGAUUUUCGAAAGCGCACAGGUGAAAAGCAAAAGUACCUGCAUCAGCAUUCCGUACUGUCGCUCGCUUAUCAGUAGCGUGUGUGCGUGUAACGUGUUGGUGUGCGUGUCGUAAGUAGUGGGUUGUGUUUCCGGCGGUGGUGCGCGGAAGAAGCACUCGCUUUUUUUCUGUCUUACGAAGGGGCAAGUGGAAAAGUAGUGAAAAAAAGUUUCGACAAGAAGAAGAGGCUUUUUAGCUAGAGCAGAGAUUUCCCGUUACGAAGUGGAGUGCAAAAGAUUAUUAAAUUUCCAGCUCCAGAUUUUCCAGCAAAAAAUCUCGAUUCGAGGCAAAAUCUCAAUCGCAUCAGAUUCGGCUAGCGAACGGACUGUCGGAAUAUAAUUUUCUUGUGGGCAGUGAAUCUACUAAUUUCUAGCUGCAGUAACGAAAAAAUAGUAUAUAGUGUGAAGGUUUCCAUUGUUCGAAAACCGCAAACGUCAUCUCACGAUUUGGAGUACCAACGGCGUGAGGAUAUAAUCGGAGUUUCUACAAAACGAGCAGAGCGGUCUUUGGUGCAGCAGAAAUUAAGCACACGGAUCGACCAACGACCUGCGGAAACCGCUACAGGCAUCAAGUUAGUCGUUUACACUCCGCGGAGGACAAAUAACAUUUGCUGCGAUCAUUCCGUAAAAAAAACACAUUCGUCGGGCCUACACACGCACGAAGCAACUCCUCGCGCAAUCAACUUGUACUGGUUGAGGCGCGCAAGAGGCUUCCACACUUUUUCGCUGAUGAAGAUUCUCUGGCAGCAUGAAUGCAUUGGGGGGAACUAGGGGGGAGCGCAAUGCAAAGCCCAAAUUCGCAGCGUUAGAUAUCAAUAAACUAUACAGCACAAGUCGGGGAGAAUCUCUUGAACCAUCCACUCAGAAAAGUGCAGCUCCUCGCAAACAUGGAAUGCAAAGUUUGGGUAAGGUUCCCUCGGCUCGCCGACCUCCAGCAAACCUUCCGUCUCUGAAAGCUGAAAUUUCCACACCGUCUGAUCAGCAAGGUACCUGGGCUAACGAGACUGGAGAUAUUCAAAAUAACAAUUCUAGUAUUACCACAACAUCCGCAGUAACAGCAUCGCCUCUAUCAACAACCACUAGUAGCAGCAAUUUAAACAAUAACGCAACGGCUAGCGUCGGAGCUUCACAUAUUUCUUCACACACGAACAGUCAGCAAAUUCACCCUUCGAGCGCUUCUUCACAAUGGAGUUCGAACGAGUUCCCCUCCCUGGAUGGCACUGGUCAGUAUGGUCCGAGCGGCAAACUGCUGCAGCAGCAGCAUCAUUACGAUGGCGGCAGCGACGGUCGGUUGAUGAAUCAGUAUAUGGAUGCUCCACAGGUCAGUCUAAGGCCACAGACGGAUGCAGCCAGUUGGAUGCAGCAGCAGCAGAGCAGUGGAGGCGUAGGCUGCGGAGGCAGUUUAAACGGGCCAAGCAGCAGCCAACAGGUCCCGGGCCACCAACAGCAGCAACAACAACAGCAACCCGCGGCACCGCUUCCGCCGCAGUUUCGAGCACUAAUGCCACCGUUCAUGUAUCGUGGAAGCGGAGGCGGAGGUGGAAACUCAGUGACACCUCCACCGGGCUCGAACGAAGACGUGGGACGCAGUGGCAGAGAAGGUGGUGGUGGUGGAAGCAGGGAUGGUGGUGGUGUUGGAGGAGGCGGAGGAGGAGGAGGUGGGGGUGGUGUUGCCGGUGGUUCUGGUGGGCGGAACAACAACAGCGGCGGAUACAACAGUAUGUUGCCAAGCUUUGUUCUUCCUUCGACAAAUCAUCAAUCCCAUGGCUCCAGUUAUUCACCAACACAAUCAGGUGGUAGAUAUCGGGACACAUAUUCCGGAGGGCGUCGUAAUCAGGCGCAGCCUCCGCGACUUGCCAACCGUCAGCAGCAGCAACAGCAGCAGCAGCAACAACACCAACAAGAUGAUUCUCGCUCGCAGCAGGCUACUCCUUACAUAGAUCCCGAUAUUGUUGUACAAAGGCCAAUCAUUCGCGAUGAGGAGCUGCAACGUAUUGAGGCAAUUUCCAAGGACGAAGGCUGGGCAAAGGAUGAUGAAAUUGAUUACAAUCAAAAGCUACAGUUCUCGGACGAUGAAUCGGAACCAAGUCCACCGAAAGAAACGCCACCGAUGGCGCCAGCCAAGCACGAAAAGAGUCACGUAUCGCCACAACAACAACAGCAACAACCACAACAGCAGCAAUUACUCCAACAGCAGCAAUCACAUCAACAGCAGCAAUCGCACCAACAGCAACCGCAUCCGCAGCAACCACAGCAUGAUGAUGAUAAACGAAUGACUUGGAGUCGCGAGGUAGAGCGAGAGCAGGAGAGGUUGGACCAAGAACGUGCAGAGCAUGAACGAUUCGAAAAAGAACGAGACCAACAACCCGUACGCCCUUUGCCGCAGCAAAAUGGCCAUGUAGGCGGAGGGCGUGGUGGACUGGAUGCAGAGGCAAAAGAAAGGCUCAAACAACGUCGCGAAGAAGAUCAACGACGAGAAAUGGAACGGAAACAAGCUGCUGCAAGGAAACUGCAGGAGUUGGAACAGAAAUUGAAUCGGAAGAAGACUGAAGAAACGACAAGUGGAUUACCACAGGCUAAAGAUGAAGAAGAGCGCGAACCGCCUGUUACCGGUUAUAGUGAAUCGACUGAAAGUAAAGAUCGCACUAGUACAGGCAGCCGUGGAGAUCGAGAUAAAGCCGAUUCGAAGGAAACUCGGGAUCGUGAAUGGGAACGUUACGAAUAUGGUAGACAUGAACGUUACGAUCGUGAUAGACCUGAUCAGAAUCGUGAUCAACGGGGUGGGGAACGGACCGGAGAAUGGGGUGAUAUGCCACCGUUCUCCAAGACUUUUCAAUCAAAUUUACCGCCUCGCUUCCAGAAGCGCAAGCUGGAACGGAAUUCUUCCGGCAAUAGCUUGCAAGGAAAUACAGGAUUUAUUGCUAGGGAUCAGCCUAACAACAGAAGCACUGCCAACCAAGGGCCAACGGGAUCUUCCCAAUCGCAGCAACAGCAAAGUGAUGGCAAAAGUGUUCCAUUUGCACAGCAGUACGAUCCUCGAUUUAUUCAUAGCCAGCAAAGCUAUGGCAAGAAUCAAACUGGAUCGCAGCGACGAGGCGGACCAAUAGAUGAUGGCCCUCGUCGGGAUAUAAGACACGAUCGUUCCGACGAUCGCGAUCGCGAUAGAGAUCGAGAUCGAGAACGGGAAAUGGUCCCUAGAGAAAUUAUGAAACGACGAAUAGACUCGGAGGAAGACGAUCGAUUCAGUAGCAGUGGCAGAGAAUCCUCUAGCAAACUGAGCGGCGGUAGAACGACCCCGCAGUUAGUACGAAGUGUUUCGGACACGUCUCAACGGAAAACAAGCGUUUCAAGCGAUGAUAAUACUCGCCACUCAGAGCAGCAUCAUGCGAGUGUAAAGGAAUCCAUAGGAUCGUGGGAGAGCGAGGCCGAGAAGGAGGACCGCAGGCAAGCGGAAGCGGCAGCUGCAUUAGCUAAAGAAAAUCAGCUGCAGCAAUUCCACCAGCAGCAGCAACCAUUAGACAACCGUCGAACAUCUGAGUCAUCAGUAAUGUCCGAAGGCGAGCCAAAGCAGAUACUCCAGCGUAUCAAAGAAUCAUCACCAGCGCUCUCCGAAAAACAAGGUAAAGAUAGAAAUGAAGAUUCAAAAAUAAUCGACCACAAGUCUUUGCCGAAAGCUUGGGAAGAUUCGGUUGAAGUGUCAGAUGAGAACACGAUAGUAAAAGCAGCUCAUGAGUUGAGUUCAACUUCAGUAGAAGACAAAAAGGAUUCUUUGGGCUCAGAAGGAAUGAAAAACGAUAGUACUAGCGGACGUGGAUCCGAUUUGGAUAGCAGUAAAAUGAAUACUUCGCAGGGAAGUGCUGUUAGUGGAAAGGAUUCAGACGAUAGCAAAUAUGGUAUUAAAAAACCGAUGCAUCCGCGAGGCUCAGGAAGACACGACAAUCGAGGAGGUGGUCAUUCCCGGGCUGGUUAUGGCGGAGGUAGCGGAGGAUAUCAUCGUGGGGGAAGCAGCUGGGGACGAAGAGGCGGUGGUGGUGGAUCUAGAACGGGUGGACACGGAAGAAAUUAUAAUCAAGAUUACUGGAGUGAGUCUGAUUUUUCAGAAGAUGGAGAGGAUGAAUACAGAAAAGAUGGAAAAUUCGAUCGAAAAGAGGGAAGUGGUUAUUACAGGCAUGGAGGUUCUUUAGCAGGUCAAGGUCACAAUACGAAGGAAGGUUUCGCACCACGCGGGGAACCUUCCCGUCGAGGAAGGGGAGGAAUGAGCUCUUCCAUGGGGGGCCCGGGUUUCCGCAAGACAACAGUUGGCAAGAAAAUUGACGGCUAUGGUCCACCUAGUUCGAAAAGCCCAUUCGGAAGUAAUGAGGAUAAAGGAGAAGCUAAGCAUCAGGUAUCGGCAAAGGAUGUUAAAGCAUCUGAUCAAAUUAGCGCUGAUGAUCGGACAAAACAAAAACAGGCGGCCUUGAGUGCUGGAUUAACAAACAAGCCGGCAGGAGUACCAAAGGCAUCCGGUUCGCUACCACAGAGAAGUCCAUCUGGUAACAUGAAACCGCCUGGUAAACCAGCUGAAGAAACGCUCUCGGAGCAGGAUAAGCUCAAAAUUGCUGAUAAAAAACCUCGUAAUGAUAGCAAGAGCGAAUCUCACGAUGAGAAAAUCAAGGAGAAACCUAAAACCGAAAACGAGAAUCAUGAGAUGGAUGAUGCAGGAAAGGAUAGCCUAAAAGGCGGGCCUCAUCGUUCCAAGCAGACGCAACAAGCCAAUGUUUCGAAAGUUUCACAACAGACUUCGUCCCUGCCGGCAGGAAAAGUUGCUGCGCCAGUUAAACCUGUCGUUUCAGCAGUUACUGGUCAGGUUGCGUCCGCUAUUCAGAAAACAACUUCGGCUGUAGUAGUGGGAGCACAGCCCAAGCCGAACCAAGAUCUUCGCAAUCAAUCUAGCAACGUUCGUUCACCCAAUCUUCCACCGCGUUUGGUUAAACAAAAAGAUCGACAGCGAGACACUGGUUUCCAGGAUGGAGCACACAGCGGAGGAGAAGCGAAUGAUCAAGAAUCCGCUGCAGGUACAGUGACUUUGCAACAACCUCAAGACAAAUUGGCCACGUUGAGUAUAACCACUUCCAAGACUGAUACUAGUAAGACUUUAUUGGAUGGUGCAACUCCUCCCGUGAAUACGAUUAUUUUCGAAAAUACGAACUACAAAUCUUCGACGGCCGCUGUAGCAGCAUCAGUCACAGUAGUUCAACAACAUCAUCACUCUCAGCAGCAGCAGGUUCACCAAGCCUCGCAACCAUCUCAACAACAAGCUUCAGCAGCUGCUCAAAUGAAACGACAACUUUCUGGAGGUCCUACAGGGUCACUCGGAGCAAUGCAACAUCAGCAGCAAGCAAUUGUUCAAAUGACCAAAUCUGAGCACCAGGUUCGCCAACAUUCGCAAGAGGAAGUAUUUAAGGGUUCAGCUGGUAUGCAAUCCGCAACUGGAUCAAUGCAAGAGAUGCUGGUAGAACAGCCACAAAGACCACCGUCGGCAAACGGUCCACCUUCGCAGCCACAAGUGAUUCAACAGCAACAGCAACAACACGCGCAAGGCACAUUAAUGCAGCAGCCACAACAGCAAGGACAACCCAGUUCUCAAGCUGAUGCAAUCACAAGUGCUCUCCAGGGAAUGACUUUCCAGAAACCAUCAGAUGCAGACUAUGAAAAAGAGAUAAAACCAUUCUCUUUCGAAGCUGAUAUCUCGCAGCUCAUUGAAGCCAAACAGAAGGCUGCCGGGCUAUGUCUCUCCAAAGCUCAGAACAUGAUUUCACCGUCGACCGCCGAGUUGAACAUGAAGAUUGCUAGUGUAAAGAAAGUUUGGGAAAUGCCAUCUGUUGCAGAACACACCGCUGAAGAUCCUACCAGCGCAGCAGCAGCAGCAGUCCAUCUGGCAGCCAAUUUUGCUGCCGUUUCAUCGCAACAUCAACAGCACCUACAUCAGUUCCAACAUUCGCACGGAAACUUGACUCACAGUCAUCCGGCACAUACGCUGGCAGCGGCUACUGGUCAAUCCUAUAGUGGAAGCUUUGGCCAGGAGCAGCCCUCAAUUGAACAGCACUUUGGCAAACCAGGCGGUGGUGAAGUUGUAAUUGGUGGAACAGGAGCUGGUGGCGACGUUGACACAGGAUACAACACCCAACAGCAUGCUGCCGUAGGACAAGGAGGAAAUGUUCAACAUCAAACAGCGAAUUUGAACAUGAAACAUGCGGCGGAUGUAUUAGCUAACAAUGCUCAAGUGUGCAAAGUUAAGCCGACCCAACAGAACAUGCAUCAAUCCACGGGACUGGGACUUUCUCCACCUCCAAUGCAGCAAGGCACAAUCCCAUCCGCACCACAAACAUACUAUCAACCAUCGCAAUACGGCAUGUCUGCCAUUCCUUCACCACCUGCCGUCAUUUACAAUUCAUCUGCCAUGCCCUCUCAAGGUGGCCUUUACAAUGCAUUCCAAAUCGAAGCAGCAGGUCGUACCCAAUUUUCGCAGUACCCUGGUCACUAUGGCACAACCGGAACAGCGCCGUACAAUGCUUAUAUGACUACACCACCAAAUCUACAAACUGCUCCGACCCCCGACAUGUAUCAGAGCCUCACUUCCCAAUUUCGAAUGGGCGGUGCCGUCCAAUCACCGUAUAACCCAUCGCCCUCGCAGCAGUUAAACAAUCCAAAUACUAUGCUAAUCUCGUCCAAUACAAAUUCGCUUAUGUCAUCAUCGGUGAAACCAUCGUCUCAACAAAUCGGUGCAAUCGGCUCGAAGAGCGGCUCUGUUGGACAGCACUACCAGCAGCAGUACUUGGGAAUGUUCCCUCCAGCGCCACCUAUGCAAAACAACAGUUUCUACUCUAACUCAGCCGGUGGCCAGAGUGCAUUUUUCGGUGGUGCCGGGGCUACACAGAACUACGGAAUCCAGGCAGCCACGACCAGCAUAUUCGGUAGCCAUGGUGGACAAAAUCCUUCCAGUGCGCCGCCACAGCAGCAGUUGCCAAGCUAUGCGGGUGCAUCGCAGUUCCUCAAUUCACCUUUACUGGCGGCCAACACCGCCAUUGCACAGCAGUAUCGUGGCGGACCGACCAACAAUCCACAGACGGCAGCCGCAGCGGCGUAUAUGAAAAGCAACCAACCCCAAUCGCACAUGCAGGAUUCUAAUGGUCGACAGUUGAAAAGUCCAUUGAAUACUGAUGGGUUGAAUAAUUUGAAACAGAUUCCACCACAAGCAAGUCCGCCACAUCACAAGGGCUAUGCAACGACCACGUGGGAACUUCAAAAUCAACUCAUGCAACAGCAACAACAGCAAAAUCAGCAGUCAAAUCCCCAACAACAAGUAUCGCAACAGCAGGGCAAUCCAGGGCAACACCCGCAGCAGCAACAGCAGCAGCAAAUGGGGCAACCACCGCAGUCUCAGCAACCUAAUUCGAAUCGUAACAUGAUGCAACCUAACCAGCAACCCCCGGUGGGAAUGGGUGGUGCAGGUGGCGGCGGUGGUCGUCCUCCACCGCAAGGUGUUCAAGGCGGUGGUAUGCAGCAGCGCUAUCCAUCACCGAUCCAACGCCCUACCAAUUACUCGCAGCCACCAGUUCCAGGGAUGCACCAGCCGCGACCAAUGCGCCAGUCCAACCACAAUCCGGGUCAGCAACAGCAACAGCAACAGCAACAGGCUAACAUGGGCCAAGCGAUGGGCAACCCAAAUAAGCACUAUUACGGCGGUAAUCGAGGAGGUGGUCACGUCAACACAAUGAAUGAACAAAAUCUGGGAGGAAAGCCAGGCGGCGGGGCUAACGAUAAACCCAUCAUGGAUGGUGAUGUGAACAAGGAUGAUUCAAAGAAGAAGUAAUCUCUACAAGACAGGCAAUUGUAGUGACAUUUUGGAGGUUAUACAGGAGAUAAAAGUAUUUAUUCUACAAUUUGUAACGGGAGCGAAUAUGAAAAGGAUAACUUUGUUCGAAAUAGCAAACAUUACCGAAAAUAAUUCAUGAACAGUAAACUAAAAACUAUUUAUUCAAACUGAAUACGGAGACUAUCAGAGCAAAUCGUUUGGUUGAAGAAGACAAAAGAAAGCUGAAACUAAAUUGGUGCAGAUUCGUUCUGAAAGCAGUAUGAGCUAAACCUGAAUUAAAACUUAUACAGCUGAAAUGUGAACUCGCUAUCGAAAACCAGUGAAAUGUAUCGGUUUGACUGAGCUUCACUAUAAACAUAAAGAUGGGCAAAAUAAACCUUAUACUUACUUAAAUUAUUUGACAUGUGUUGUAAUUGUCAACAUUUUAGCCACGAAACAGUAAUCCAAAUAUGGACACAUGAGCCGAAAUGAUUUACUUCUGAUUGUCUCGUACCCAUAACAUUUUGCGAAUCAGCCGAAACUGAUUCUUAAACUUGGAGAAAUUAGAAGUAAUUAUCAUUCCUACUGCAAAACGUUAUACUGCAAGUACAUAUAAUCUUUUGAAUAAUCGCUACGUUAUCGUACAUGCGCAAUAGUUAUAAAACAUUCUUGAACACAAUUUGUAACAAAUCGUCUCUCAUGUUGAACCACGGAGGGACGUAAUUUAAAUGAGAAAGAGGGUAAAAAUAGCGGAAAAAACUGUCAAAUGCUAGUUGCUGAUACGGGGAAAGGGAUUCGGCGAGAAAAUAAAAUGAAAUAAACUAUUGCUAAACACAACUAUUAUUACUAUUACUACUAUGACUACUACUAGUUAAGAAUCUGACAUAAGAGCGCAGCAGUUUCCCUCGUGCCUAUUCGGCUGGGAAUUUGUGUCGCUCUUUUGUGUUGAAAAUCUUGCUUCUGAGAGAACAAAUUAAAAAAAAUCACGGCGCGAGUCGUAAAUCGUACAUUGAAAACUUAUAUAUGGGCAAGCAAAUAUUCAAACAAAGAAAACAAGUGUGUCUACUCGGAAGACUAUUAGCUUAAUAAAAUUAGGAAAGCAAAACACAAAAUGCUGAAACAUGGAAAAAUACUGUAUAAUGGAACUACACUACAUAUACUAAACAACCGCAACAACAGAAAAAAAAGUUUCAAGCAACUACAAUUAGUAAUUCACCUUAUUAUAAUUAUUAUAACAAUCUUAUUAUGAAUAAAGAGAAUACGGAAUACCUUGAGCAUAUAAUGGUUAUAUAAUUUGUCGUAAAUCCACAAUGACCGAUAUAGAGCCGGAAAGUUAAGGUAAUAGGAAAAAAUCGUAAAACAGCUUUUUUUUCGUUUAUUCGAUUUAGUAAAAUCCUGAAUGAAGGUAAAAGUAAUCCGCAUUAACUUUACUGAGUCAUGAUUAAAUAUUCUACGUAAAAAUAACAUUAUAGUAAUUAGAGCGAAGUGCGGAACGGAAUAACAUUUAAAUUUCAAUCCAGAAACAAACAAAAUGAAUAUAAACACUAUGACCUACAACACUGCAAUGUGAGUAUAUGAGGAGAGAAAUUUGAGCAAAGCGCGAAUUCGAACUUGCAAAACGUAGCGAGAUGAGUUUUUAGUUUAUAUUUAAAGAAAAAAAAGUUUUAUUUAUUUCUACAUUAACGAAACAAAUUCAUUACAGAGAAAAAAAGGAGAUGAUGAUUAGAUGAAAAAUGUACACCCACGCACGCAUAUAUAACAAAUGGUAAUAAAAAAACAAGAUUAAUGAACAAUUCGCAUGAUUAGAGAGUUGGCGUUGAGACUAGGUUGAAGCGUGGAAUAGUGGUGUAGUAGGAACAGCAGCAUACAAGGACGAAUGUUGAUGAAACAUUAUAAAAGUGAAUACAUCAAAGUAUCUAAAACAAUUCAAACACAAAAAAAGUUUAUAAAAUUCAUAAAAAUGAGCCGAAAAAAAAUAUAAAACAAAUAAAAAUCGAUAAUACGAAAAUCUAGG